AGCAAAGGAAUGAAGGGGAGAGAGAGAAACUAAACUGGAAGCUUGAGUUUUGUGUAGCUUCUUGAAACCUUAUGAAUGGAUUACUGGCAGCUGAGAUCCAGGAGAGACCUAUAGGGACUGCAGGAUCAUUCACACAUUAACAGGGGAGAAAAGCAGGCGGGAUUCUUCCUUGCUGUGUUACCCCUCCUUCCUGAACUGAAUGGGACCCACGAGACUCCCAGAAGGUGAAGUCAAGGGCUGUCAGACUCAUCAGGUUAUUAGGACACCAGACUGGCUUCCCCAAGGAGAACUUCACGGAGACUUACAACAUACCAACAAGUUGGAAGGGGAUUAGAAAACCUUCACCACUCCACACGCCCAAGCACUGGGCUGAGGGAAACACUGUGACCUGCACAGGCAGACUGGCAGCUGGAUGGGCAUCUGGCUGAGGAGGACAUCUGGAGAGCAAAAGCUAAGUACCAGCUUGGAAUUUUGUGCCCCCAGAAUCCUUUUGCAUUUUUAGAGAAUAAGCAUCAAAUUCUGUGUCUCUGUAUGCAAGUUCUUCUCGCGAUUUGUUUGAAGGUUGCUCUAUCUUAGGUUAAGGGCUACGAAAAGAACGUAACUCCUAGGGAAGGAAGAAGGAGAAAGCCAUGAAAAUUAGAAGAUCAGCGUCCUUUGAAUGACUUCAGGUAGCCAGGGGUAUGUGUUGGUGAGGGAGUGUGUGUUUGAGAGGGACUUGGCUCACCUCCAUCCGUGGGUCCCUCCUGUAGUAUCAGCGAGGGGAGGGGCCGGUGAAGAAGGGACAGAAAAAGAAAGAAACCUGAGCCGUGUGGGAGGAGGUUCAGAGGAACCCGGAGAAAUGAACUUCGUGCUGCACGGACUAAACUAGAGCCAGGAGAAGCAGGUCAGGGGAGAAGGGAGAGGGCAGCACAGCUCACGCAGCACAGCGCCCCGCGCAGGGAGCCGGAAGACGCACUCCCUGGGUGCUGCUGCUCCUGAAAGUUUGGUCCCUGAACGAAAACUGUUUCCCCGGUGACUGCGAAUCCACUGCUAGCCGCCUCCUCCUCUUCUCCCCCAUCACUCCGGUGUGGUACCCAGAAGUUGACUUCUGGUUCUUUGUAAAGAGCUGGGGGAGGUAUGAUGGGCCCAAAGAUCCUGAGAAUAAGCCUGGUGAUUCUGGCCGGGUGGGCGCUCGGCACUGCCGGCUCUGAGCCGGGCUGGACACGCAAGAGGUCCCUGGCUCAGAGGGGACGCCUGAACCAGGUGCUGUCGGAAGGAGAACGCUGUUGGCUGGGGGCCAGGCCGCCGAGACCCAGAGCCGCUCCCCAGCAUCAUCUUUUUGGGGUCUACCCCAGCAGGCCUGGGGACUACCUGAGGCCCUACCCUGUGGGGGGGCAGGGAACCCGCCCCGCGGGACGCAGUGAGCCAGCUGCCACGGGGGCUGCGAGCCCAGCUGGAGGUGUGGGGCUGAGGGGCACAGCUGAGCAGCCAGCCGCCUCGUGGGACAGGGAUGGUCCCGCUGGGCGGUCUGAGCUACGGGGAGACGAUGACACUUAUCUUGGUGAUGGAGGAUCCAAGGAGUCUCUAGGUGAGGCUGGGACUCGCGAACGCUCGGCCACGGCUGCCACGGCUGCUACCACCUUUGUGGGCCCAAAGGAACCCAAACCAGAGACCCAAAGCAAGGGCCGGGCCAAGACCAGGCAUCGUCGCCAGGUGGUGAAGGGGCAGGUAGGGGCCGUGCAGGCAGAGCCCGGUGUCUCUCCCCAGCGUCUCCGGCCGCGGCCGAAGCAUCCCCUUGUGCAAGGGGUCAGAACGAGUCCGUCAGAGGACGGCAUCCAGAAGGGUGGAGGGGACCCCUCCUGGGAAGCAGAGUCCCAGGGAGGACUGCCUGUCUUGUAUUUCUCCGGGAGGCGGGGGCGGCUCCUGCUGCGUCCAGAAGUGCUGGCUGAGAUUCCCCGGGAGGCGUUCACAGUGGAAGCCUGGGUGAGACCGGAGGGAGGACAGAACAACCCAGCCAUCAUUGCAGGUGUGUUUGAUAACUGCUCCCACACUGUCAGUGACAAGGGCUGGGCCCUAGGGAUCCGCUCAGGGAAGGACAUAGGAAGGCGAGACGCUCGCUUCUUCUUCUCCCUUCGCACCGACCGUGUGAAGAAAGCCACCAUUGUGACUGGCAACAGUCGCUACCAACCAGGCACAUGGACACACGUGGCAGCCACCUAUGAUGGACAUCGUAUGGCUCUGUAUGUGGAUGGCACUCGGGUGGCCAGUAGCCCAGAGCAAUCUGGUCCCCUGAACAGCCCCUUCAUGGCAUCCUGUCGCUCUUUGCUUCUGGGGGGGGAUAGCUCUGAGGACGGCCGAUAUUUUCGUGGACACCUGGGCACCCUGGUCUUCUGGUCGACCGCCCUCCCGCAAAGCCAUCUCCGGCACAGUCCUCAGCGUCCAGCUGGAGUGGAAGAAUUGGCCUCCCUCCUCCUGACAGCCAGUUUUGAGCCCUUGGAAGAACAGUGGGUCCCCUUUAGAGAUGGGGAGUUCCCACGGCGUGAGGUUCUGCAUGGCUUUGAGCCUGAGCCUGAGAUUGUGUCACCUCUGAAGCCCCCACUCUGUGGACGGACGGCUUGCGACAACGUGGAGCUGAUCUCCCACUACAACGGGCACCGGCCCCUCCAGGGAGAGAAGGUGAUCCGCUACCGAGUGGUAAACAUCUGUGACGAUGAGGGCCUGAACCCCACCGUGAGCGAGGAGCAGAUCAGCCGGCAGCACAAGGCGCUGAACCAUGCCUUCAGCCGCUACAACAUCAGCUGGCAGCUGAGCGUCCACCAGGUCCACAACUCCACCCUGCGCCACCGGGUUGUGCUUGUGAACUGCGAGCCCAGCAAGAUUGGCAAUGACCACUGUGACCCUGAGUGUGAGCACCCACUCACAGGCUAUGACGGGGGCGACUGCCGCCUGCAUGGCCGGUGCUACUCCUGGAACCGCAGGGACGGGCUCUGCCACGUGGAGUGCAACAACAUGCUGAAUGACUUUGACGACGGGGACUGCUGCGACCCCGAGGUGGCUGAUGUGCACAAGACCUGCUUCGACCCUGACUCACCCAAGAGGGCAUACAUGAGUGUGAAGGAGCUGAAGGAGGCACUGCAGCUCAACAGUACUCACUUCCUCAAUGUCUACUUUGCCAGCUCCGUGCGGGAAGACCUUGCAGGCGCUGCCACCUGGCCUUGGGACAAGGAAGCCAUCAGUCACCUGGGUGGCGUCGUCCUCAACCCAGCCUAUUAUGGCAUGCCUGGCCAUACCAACAUUAUGAUCCACGAGGUGGGGCAUGUCCUGGGACUCUACCAUGUCUUCAAAGGGGUCAGUGAGAGGGAAUCCUGUGAUGACCCCUGUAGGGAGACAGUGCCAUCCAUGGAUACGGGAGACCUCUGUGCCGACACCGCCCCUACUCCCAAGAGUAAACUGUGCCAGGACCCAGAGCCUACCAAUGAUACCUGUGGCUUCACCCACUUCCCGGGGGCUCCGUUCAGCAACUACAUGAGCUAUACAGAUGAUGACUGCACCGACAGCUUCACCCCUAACCAGGUGGCCCGGAUGCAUUGCUAUUUGGACCUUGUGUAUCAGCAGUGGAGUCAAAGCCGGAAGCCCACCCCCAUUCCCAUCCCACCCAUGGUCAUAGGGCAGACCCACACCUCCCUCACCAUCCACUGGCUUCCUCCAAUCAGUGGGGUUGUGCACGACAGGCUCCCAGGCAGCGUGUGUGGUGCCUGCACUGAAGAUGGGACAUUCCGUCAGUACGUGCACGCAGCUUCCUCCCGGCGUGUGUGUGACUCCUCAGGUUACUGGACUCCAGAGGAGGCUGUGGGGCCUCCAGACGUGGACCAGCCCUGUGAGCCGAGCUUGCAGGCCUGGAGUCCCGAGCUCCACCUGUACCAUAUGAACAUGACGGUCCCCUGCCCUUCGGAAGGCUGUAGCCUGGAGCUGCUCUUCCAGCACCCGGUCCAAGCUGACACCCUUACCCUAUGGGUCACCUACCUCUCCAUGGACUCCUCCCAGGCACUCUUUGACACAGAGAUCUUGCUGGAACACCAGGAGUCUGUGCACCUGGGCCCCUUAGACACUUUCUGUGACACCCCACUCACUAUCAAACUGCAUGUGGAUGGGAAGGUCUCGGGGGUGAAGGUCUACACCUUUGAUGAGCGGAUGGAGAUUGACGCAGCUCUGCUAACUUCCCAGCCCCAUAGUCCCCUGUGCUCUGGCUGCAGGCCUGUGAGGUACCAGGUUCUUCGUGAGCCCCCAUUUGCCAAUGGCUUGCCCAUGGUGGUGACAAAUCCUCACAGGAAGUUCACGGACGUGGAGGUCACACCUGGGCAGCUGUAUCGGUACCAAGUUCAAGCUGGAGCUGGAACAGAACUAGGAGAAGCCUCGCCUCCACUGAGCCACAUCCAUGGAGCUCCUUACUGUGGAGACGGGAAGGUGGCAGGGAGCCUGGGAGAAGAAUGUGAUGAUGGGGACCUUCUGAGCGGAGAUGGCUGCUCAAGGGCAUGCCAGCUGGAGGAAGGCUUCCACUGCGCAGGGGAGCCAAGCCUAUGUUACAUAUAUGAGGGAGAUGGGAUAUGUGAACCUUUUGAGAAGGAAACCAGCAUCAUAGACUGUGGCCUCUAUACUCCCAAAGGAUAUGUGGAUCAGUGGGCCACCCAAGCUUAUUCCUCUCAUGAAGACAAGAAGUGUCCUGCUUCCUUGGUAACUGGAGAACCUCAUUCCAUGAUUUGCACGUCAUACCAUCCAGAUUUACCAGAGCACCGUCCUCUCGCUGGCUGGUUUCCCUGUGUCACCAAUGGAAACAGACCUCAGGAUAAAAGGAGUGAGCAGACAGAAGGUAGCCUGGAGAGGGAGGAGGAGGUUUGGCUCAAAGUGUGUUUCAGUAGACCAGGAGUGGCCACGACAAUUUUCAUUUUCUUGACAUCUGAUGGCCCGGUACUUGGAGAACAUCGGCGGCCAACAGUGACUGUUCACCUGACUGAUGUCAGUGGGAACAACCACUCUCUUGGAACCUAUGAACUGUCAUGCCAGCAUAACCCGCUGGUUAUCAAUGUGAGCCAUCACCCGAAUGUCCUCUCCCACCAUACCUCCUCAGUGCUGCUGAAUUUCUCAUCCCCAUUGGUGGGCAUCUCAGCGGUGGCUCUAAGGACAUCCUCCCACAUAAGUUCAUCAACUCUCAAUAACUGCAUCCCAGAGCAUGAGGGACAAAAUCAUCAGGGACAGAGCUGUGUCCACCGGCCCUGUGGGGAGCAGGGCAGCUGUGCGCCAUUGCUGCUUGAUCAUGCGGAUAUGGUGAACUGUACCUCUGGUGGCCCAGGUCACAUGAAGUGUGCUAUCACCUGUCAAAGGGGGUUUGCCCUUCAGGCCAGCAGCGGGCAAUACCUCAGGCCCGUGCAGAAGGAAAUUCUGCUCACCUGUUCCUCUGGGCACUGGGACCGGGCUGUGAGCUGCAUGCCCCUUGAUUGUGGCGUUCCCGACCCAUCUUUGGUGAACUACGCAAACUUCUCCUGCUCAGAGGGAACAGACUUUCUGAAGCGCUGUUCAAUCUCCUGUGUCCCACCAGCCAAGCUCCAAGGACUGAACCCAUGGCUGACUUGUCUUGAAGACGGGCUCUGGUCCCUCCCGGAAGCCUACUGCAAGUUGGAGUGUGACGCCCCCCCUGUAAUCCCGAAUGCCAGCCUGCUCUUGCCUCACUGCCUCCAGGGCAACCAUGACGUGGGCUCCGUCUGUAGAUACGAAUGCAAACCAGGCUACUACGCCGAGCCGAGUGCCGAGGGUAAAGUCAGGAGCAAUUUCCUGAAGAUACAGUGCCUGGAGGGUGGCAUCUGGGAGCAAGGCAGCUGCGUUCCAGUGGUGUGUGAGCCCCCUUCCCCUGUCUUUGAAGGCAUGUAUGAAUGUACCAAUGGCUUUGAACUCAACAGCCGGUGUGUGCUCAGCUGUAACCAGGAAAGCGGAAGGGUUCCUAUCCUCUGCACUAAGGAGGGACUGUGGACUGAGGAGUUCAAGUUGUGUGAGAACCUACAAGGGGAGUGCCCACCACCCCCGUCGGAGCUGAAUUUUGUGGAGUACAAGUGUGAACAGGGAUACGGGAUUGGUGCUGUGUGUUCCCCAUCAUGUGUGAUUCCCCCUAGUGACCCCGUAGUUCUGCCUGAGAACGUCACUGCUGACACGCUGGAGCACUGGAUGGAACCUGUCAAAGUCCAGAGCAUCGUGUGCACUGGACAGCGUCAAUGGCACCCACCCCCCUUCCUCAUCCACUGCAUCCAGUCGUGUGAGCCUUUCCAAGCCGAUGGGUGGUGUGAUACCAUCAACAACCGGGCCUACUGCCACUAUGAUGGGGGAGACUGCUGCUCUUCUACUCUGUCCUCCAAGAAGGUCAUUCCAUUUGCUGCUGACUGUGACCUGGAUGAAUGCACCUGCCGGGACCCCAAGGCUGAAGAAAAUCAGUAACUGUGGGAUCAAGCCCCUCCUUCUACUGCCCUGGAGGCAGUAAGAAAGAGAGGCCUCCACAAAAGGGCACAAAAGGUGAACAGAGAAGAAAGGUCACGAAAUGAAGGAAGGAGGAAGAGCGUGAGGAUCUCAUAGAAUGCAGGAGGAUGUUUCUGGGUGCCGACUAUUGCAUCAAGAAGCCCAAGUAGGGAAGAAUCAUGGGCAAAAGUUUCUUCAAAGGGGCAGUUGAUUAAAAGUGGAAGGAGAAAUAUGAUAGAUAUACACGGACCCUCAUCCCCCAUUUAUAUUCUAUUCAACCCCAUUCCCGCCUCUUGCCCUGCUCCCCACUCUGCACCCUGCCAACUAUUCAGCCCCACCCAACUUGCAAACCAAUACCAAAAUACUAGAAGAGAAGUUGCCAGGGACACUCUGUAAUACCCGUUUUGAAUGGAUUGCCAUCUUUCAGGGCUCUUCUGCUCUAAACUGGCUCCCUUUCUUUUGUGUAGUCUCCCUUAGUAAUGAUGAGGUUAGCUAUUAAUUCUUUAUAAGUAUUUAAACAUAAUUAUAUAAAUAUAUUAUAUAUAUUAUAUUUUUUGCUGUCUACUAAGCUAAAAAGUAUACAUUGUUCCACACAUGCUGCUGUGAAGUUCACAUCCAAAAUGAAUACUGAGGAUUUGAGGACAGAAAGACAAGUUCCUCUGCCAUCGUUCUAUUGAUGAGAAUUGGCAGGGUGAAAGGGAAGUGGAGAAGGAGAGAGAGAGAAAUUAGGUGGCGUUCUUGAUACAUGUCAGCUAAUUUACCUUUUCAGGAGCAGGAAGCUGCACCCCAUUUGAGGAGGUGGAGGACGGGGACGAUAACAUUAAGAGAUGGCAAGUUGGGUGGGAGUGCCCAUUAGCACUAGGCCCAGGAGAACCAGAGUGUGGUUCUUGUGUAUCUAUCCAAAAAGACUGUAUUCACUACUUUUCACUUCUCAGAACUCUUGUUUGGAGUUGACGAGACCCAGGAUUCUCUACACUUUCAAGUGUGGCUCUUACUAGUCAGUCAACAAAUUUGUACGAGGGCUGGGAUUGCCAGGAUUACAGGAACUCACACAUUCCUCAUGCUCGGCCUGUGGUCUCACUCCUUCUAAGUCCCCAAGCCUGGCCAUCAUUCACAGACACAUGACCAAUUGUUGAUGUUCUGGAGGAAAAAAAAAUGUCACGGACAUGACAUGGGGGAAAGUGGGAGGAGGUGGAAGAACGGGCAGAAAUGGAGGAGCCUAGGGAGGCCGUAGUGGUGGGAGAGGCCAUGGGAAAAUCACGGCCUCGGGCAGGAGGGUGAAACAAGUCAGAGAUUCAGCCUUGUUCCAAGUCUCCAAAACAGAUCAGAGGGGAAUCCGUCAAGCAAUGCGGAAUCUGAGGUAAAUUCUAUUCGAGUGCAACGUAUCAGAUCUGCGACCUAGAGCUUUUCAUUUGAGCAAGCUUUGGAAACACGUGGAGCAAGGGUGACACUCUGUGGGAAAAGAGAAGAAUUUCAACUAUUUAGGGUCCAUUUUGUUGCCAUCAUCCUCUCUUGUUCAAUAGAUGGACUGUAGGUAAAAUGACCACCGUGUUAACCUGCCUGCAUUCACGUCCCAGGCUUACUCUUCUUGCUCAUGGAGUAUUGCAGUUGUUUUUGGUAACAAUUUCUGGAUUAGGCCUUUGGGGAAAGAGCGUUAACUUCUUGCUCAACACUUCAGUUUGUCAUCUCAAGAAGGGCUGGGAGUCUUGCUUCCCUCAAAGCUACUUCUCCAAUGGAAGCAAAUAACAGGCCAAAUUAGCGUGCAACCUUGGUCUCUGAAUCAUCUGCUCCUUGGCUCUGACCACAAGUCCUCCACUUUUCCCACCAACACUGGAGCAACGGCUUUGCAAAUAGGAAGAGGAAAUGUUACUUACCGCUAUCUUGAGCCAGACUUCACGUGGGAAGGAAAAUAUUCUGGAAUGGGAAAAAAAAAAUUUAUCUCCAGGGACAUAAAAUGAGGGUGGCAUCAUCACUGGGGAAAGGAAAGAGCAGAUUGCCCAUCUGAAAAGCCCUUGUCCUCUAUGUUUUUAGCCCCAAUGGAACCCUAGGCACCUACCGUUCAUUGGAUUCAUAUUUAGUACCCCAAGAAGAGAAUAAAUAUUUCUGGGAUUGGAGUAGGCUUCGAUAUGGAAAGGACGAUGAAAAAGUUUAGAUCCUCCAUUUUUUACAAAGUCGUACAAUUGUUUUCUUGGGGAGAAUAUCCAAAUUCUUGGAAGUGCAUUAAGCUUUGUGUCAGCGAAUACUGCUUUGAGAUUGAAGCAACAGAAUAGGUAUGUUGGGCAUUGCCCAGCUCAGGAAGGCUACAGCCCCCCACGAGGAUGUGAGCCUGCGGUUCACGCCAGUGUGGGUCUGUGCCCAGUCUCUCCACAGGGGGAACAGUGAGCACACUUCUCUGUCAUACUUCAUUUACAAAUCUUUUAUUCUCCACUGGCGACAUCUGCAAUGCACCACUGCCCUGGGAAGGUGAGAGGGCAGUUCCUGUGGUGUCUGGAAAGCCCUUCUGGCUAAAGGCUGCCCGGCGCUACUCAGCGAUGGCCAUUCAGAGAUGGCAGGCUCUUCUAGCCCUUGUCCCUGGACCCUAAUGUGUUGAGCCCUCAUGUCACUAAUAAAGUGGAAGGACUGAGCCACCGUGGUCAUAGAACUCCGGGAGAUAUCAACUCACACUCCAUGUGGUGGUCUGCACUUGGCUGCUCUCACCCAACCACGGGGUAACAGAGGACCUCUCCCAAAGGCCCUUCUAUGUUCCAAAGUCACUUCUCUGCUUCUUUUUUUCCUAGUAACUAGGGGCUCUGGUGUCAAGGUUGCCCAGGACUAGGCUGACUCUGGUGGUUCGUGUGACAGUCUCCAACCAGAGAGAUGAGAGGACAGAGUGAAGACAGAUGGGCAGCUGGCAAAACUGUACAUGAAAGGGAAGAGUUAUCUUGAUUGUCUCCUUUGCUUCCCUCCAUCACAAGGCAUUGCACUUGGCAUUUGCUCUAUACUCCGUGAGAUCACUAUUGAGUGCAUUAGCACCCCAAGGGGAUGGCUUGUUUGGGAACACAAUGAAAGGAGCUGAUCUACUGUAUUGUAAUGUAAAACAGCUACAGCCAGUUAUUUUGUAAGAUUAUAAGAUGUUCAUUAAAAAAUCAG